UCAUAUUUUAUUCAAAUUUUUUUAACAAUGGGACGUUCAAAAUUAUUUUCGAGUUUAAAAUUAAUAAGUUAUAUACAGAAACCAAAUGUUAGGUAUUGUAGUUGUGUGCCUGCUAAGGAAGAUGCCUGUGCAAAGGAUGGAUCUAGGACUCGGUCUUCUGCUAAGAAAGGUCUUGUGCUCGGCGUAUAUCAAGGAGAAGACAAAGUCGAGUUGUCCCCUGAUGCUGCGGACUUUGACCAGAAGUUUGGCGGGAAGAUUGGCAAACAUCUGAAUGAAGUGUCAUCAGUCCUCAAGCUGGGCAAGGCGUUUCUCAUGACGGACGUGGACAGCGACUAUAGCGCCAUAGCUCUCACGUCGCUGGGGCCCAGGGCACCCGGGUACAACGACUGUGAGGCGCUGGAUGAGACCAGGGAGAACGCUCGUAUCGGCGUGGGAGCUGGCGUAUCCCUGUUGGAGCAGCUGGGCUGUGACCACGUGGUGGUAGACCGUACAGACGCGCCUGAUGCUGCUGCCGAGGCCGCACAUCUUGCUGCUUGGAGGUUUGACGAGUUCAAAACAGAGGGAGAGCACAAGCAGCCUGAAGUGGUUCCGUACAGCGCGGUGGGUUCCUGGGACACCGGCGCGGUGCUCGGCCGGUGCCAGAACUGGGCGCGGUUCCUGUCCGACAUGCCAGCGAAUAAGAUGACCCCGAUGGAUUUUGCACAGGAAUGCCUAAACGUGCUAUGUCCUCUCGGCGUCCGUGUGUUAGCCCAUGAGCGCAGCUGGAUCGAGGCUCAGGGUAUGAAGGCGUUCCUCGCGGUCGCCCAGGGUUCCUGCACCCCGCCGAUGAUGCUGCAGCUGGAGUAUACUGCGGACAGCGCACCGCCGACGCUGUUGACUGCGAAAGGGACUACAUAUGACAGCGGUGGUCUAUGUCUGAAGUCGCACGAGGACAUGGUGCAGGCGCGGGGCUGCAUGGCGGGCGCCGCGGUCGUCGUCGCCGCCAUUCGAGCUUGUGCUGAGCUGAAGGCUCGUGUGAACCUCCGCGCGUUGAUACCGCUGUGCGAGAACAUGAUCAGCGGACAGUGCAUGAAAGUCGGAGACGUGGUCACGGCACUCAAUGGCCUGUCUAUACAGAUCGAGGACACUGACAACGAGGGUCGGCUGAUGCUGGCAGACGCGCUGGUGUACGGGCAGGCGCUGUACAAGCCGCGCAUGCUGCUCGACGUCGCCACGCUCACACGCGGCAUGCAGCUGGCGACCGGCGAGGGCGCGUUCGGUGUGUUCGUGAACAGCCCGGGGCCGUGGGCGGGCAUCAGGCGGGCGGGCGCCGCCACCGGCGACAGGCCCUGGCUGUUCCCUACAUGGCACUUCUUUGAGAAGCGGAUCACGGACGAUCCCGCAGUGGACCUCAGGAAUCGCGGUUCUGGCAAAGCGUCGGCCUGUAAGGCAGCUGCCUUCCUCAAGAAGUUCGUAUGCACGGACUGGAUGCACAUGGACGUGUCUGGUGUUGGGCGGAUGGCUCGCAACGCGCCGCCCUACCUCCGCCCAGGGCGGAUGAGCGGCCGCCCAACCCGAACCCUCGCCAGCUACUUGAUGCAUGCUGGGGAGCAACCAGAACAGCAGCCAGCACCAGUUUGAUCCAGCUUAGUCUAGCUUCAAUGUAGGGGUCCCACACAAAACUGCAAAUUCGCAUCGCAUCGUAAUGUCAUUUUCAUUAUGAAUUUUGGUCGCAGAUAUGCGAUGCGAAUUCGCAUUUUCGUGUGGGAGCUCAAGGGAUUUUUAAUAACUACCUUCAGUAACCACUACUUUAUUUUUGAUAGGAUUUUUUACAAUUUAUAAUCUUUACAUUCUACAGUUAUGACUUAGUUUUGUAAGUCCCAAUGUCAUAUUUUGAGCUACCUAUUGACUAUUGUUAUUGUUUGGAAAUAUAAACAAGUUUGUA